AUGGUAGGUGUAAGAUUGAAAGACGCUGGUAGGGUGUUUAGAAGACAUAAAGAAGAGAAAGGAGCGCUUAGUAGAGAGGCUGUGGUGGAAAAUGCUUCUGAUUUUGAGGAUGACCUAAUAGAUGAUGAUGCAAAAGCUAAUAGUAGGAGACCGAAAGAAACUCGGUUUACACAGCAACGGAUUGCCGCCAUUAACCUGGUUCUGCGCCCUCUCGGGGUGCUUUCCUUCUAUUUACUUUUAACUGUUGUAUUUAUUAUUGCGGGGGCAGUAAUGUACGCUGUUUCUUCUAAUGUUGACGAAAUUACGAUUUACUACCAUGACUGCGCAACAAGAGCGACCGGGGAAUUCCAGUCGGUCCCAGAAGACCACUAUUGGUACUCAUUUCACGUUGACAAAGAUUUUGCUGAAGCUCCUCAAUGGAGGUAUGUUCCUGGUGUGAAUGCUGACGAUGAUGGAAGUUGCCAGUUGAGAUUUAAGACCCCUUAUGAUAUUGAAAACCCCAUUUACGUUAGUUAUUUGAUUGAGAACUUUUAUGCAAACCAUAGACGGUAUGUGCUAUCUUUUAAUGAGGAUCAAUUAAAAGGGAAGAGAGUUUCUGUUGAAGAGGUGCAGAAUUCGGUAGGAAUAAAUUGUAGGCCGCUAUCUACUGACGAACAAGGACAAUUAUACUACCCUUGCGGAUUGAUAGCAAAUUCUAUGUUUAACGAUUCGUUCCCCUUCAGUUUGAGAGGAGUUGAUAACACGCCAGAUUACCCACUGACGAAUAAGGGUAUCAAUUGGAAUUCAGAUAAAGAUAGAUACAAGAUGACGCAGUACUCACCGCAGGAUGUCGUACCGCCACCAUAUUGGCGUAAGCAGUAUCCAAACGGUUACAACGAAACAAACAUGCCAAAUAUUAAUGAAUGGGAAGAAUUUCAAAAUUGGAUGAGGACCUCCACCUUACCAAAGUUUUCAAAACUUAUUAGACGCAAUGAUAACGAUACAUUACCAUCUGGAGAAUAUGAAAUUGAAAUAGGUCUCCACUGGCCAGUGGAAGACUGGAAUGGAAAGAAAGCUGUAUAUAUUACAAACGGUAGCAAACUAGGAGGCCGUAAUCAUUUCUUCGGGUUAUCGUAUCUGGUAGGUGGCUCCUUGUGUUUCCUAACAUCGAUCGUGUUUCUCGUGACCUACUUUUUUAAGGGUAGAAAAUUAGGAGACACGAGUUUACUUUCGUGGAACCGCAAUCAAGAAUAA